CCCAGAAUGGAACAGAACCCACCAAAGCAAAGAAAUUCUAGAACACAGUCUCAGCAUGAUAUAUGUAGAAGUAACCUUAAAUUGUAGACAGACAGAGACUAGUCGACAGAGCAGGAGCGUUGGACCUACAAGAAACUCGACCUCUCGACAAACUGAAAACCGACUGACAUAAAAUUCAGUUUUAUUGGCAAAUCUUAGCGAUAAAGAAAACCAGUUCAUGAUGGAACGGACUUCAGAUUUGUUUAGUUGCGAAGAAGGAGACCCGUUCUACAGGAAAUAUGAAGUGCUGACACUUCUGAGACAGGGACGCUAUGGAACGAUGUACAAAUGUUUCAACAAGGACACCAAGGAGACUUGUGCAGUGAAGUUCCGUAAACGAUUCAGCGCACCCACCAAUGAAUUGGAAAUACUGAAAUACAUGCAGACGAAGAACCUGGAUGAGUGCAAUAUCGUCAGGUUCAUUGAGUCACACAAAAUAUGGCAGGGCACAUGUGCUAUUGUCUAUGAGACGCUGGAUGUGACUCUGAGUGACUGCAUACAAGACUGUAGGCCCCUGAAUUUACGUGAUGUCAGGAGUGUGGUCCAACAGCUGGCCACAGCAUUAAAUGCCCUGAAGGCCAUGGAACUCAUCCACGCAAAUAUUAAGUUAUCCAACAUCAUGGUGGUGGAUCGAACAGCGCAGCCCCUCAGGGUGAAGCUCAUCGACUUCACAUUGGCUUUUCCAACUUGUAGGGCUGAUGAGGAGAGGAACAAGACUCAUCAAGCUAUGGGCUACAGGGCUCCAGAAAUUUUUUUGGGAUUGCCGUUUUCAGAGGCCAUUGACAUGUGGUCUUUAGGAGCUGUGAUGUUGGCACUGGUUUGUGGUUAUGGGCCCCUCUGGACAUCAAGUAAAUAUGAAACAAUCAGACGGAUAGUGGAAUGGCUGGGUGCACCUCCAGACCAUCUUUUGGACGUUGGCAUGAAGACGGAAAAAUACUUUUUAAGAGAAGACUCUGGCCACUGGAGAUUGAAGACACAUUAUGAGCACUGCAUAGAAGUCAUAGUUCCCAAGAUCUGCGUGCUGUUGAAUUCCCAGGAUGGACGCCAUUUGGAAAACUUGCUACAGAAGAACAUAAAUACGGUGGAGGAGGAUGAAAAGAGUCAAUGCAUCGACCUGGUGAAGGCAAUGCUUCGGGUGGAUCCCAAUGAAAGGAUCACCCCCACUGAUGUCCUUGCCCAUCCGUUUAUAACAAGGGGCACCCUCCACAUAGGAAGGAAAGAGGAAGGAAGAGAAAACGUGGAAGAGGAAUCGGAGUCCAAAACCUUGACAACUGGACCCUUUGAAAUACCUCCUGGUGUCAUACUUGUCAAGCCAUCACCAACAACUUGUAUCCUGACUUUAGACGGAUUGGAGUCCAAGACUUUCACAAAUGAGACCCCUGGGACACCUUCAGCACCACCAAGUGUUCCCUUCGUCCAGGCUCCAUGUGAAUCCUCUGGAGCACCGUCAGCAUAUGAAGAAUGCUCAAGUGUCACCAGUGGAUUUCAUGGAUCAGCGUCAGAGACAUCACCCCCAGGUGUGAGCUUGGUGCAGCCUGCACCAGCUGAAUGCUGCCUGCAGGGGGAAGAGGACAGCAGGCAGAGUGAUUCUUGCCCGGUGGACUGUCUGGAGAACGUCUCUGAAAAUGGACCAGUGGAGCCCUCUAGCCUUUUAGCGACGGACUGUAACGUCGAACAGGAACUCACUGCCACAACAUCUGACGACACAGCGCCUGAAGAGACGCAGCAGAAGAAGAAGAAGAAGAAGAAGAGGAAAAACUGCUUCAAGCGCUUCUUAGCCUGGACUAAGAGGACAUUCUGCUGCUGUCUGACUGUCAACAUUGAAGAGGACUGAAUUAUGCUAUGAAGGUUUUCCAGCACAACACCUUGCUGGAUGGAUUUCACACAGGAAAUGUACGGAGUAUGCAUGUGAUAUGGUACGCUCUGUUGAUAGACCUGUGGGAAAUCAGUGUCAGCUGUCUGGUGUUGUGCUGUAAAAACUUGGGUAACACUUUACUUGAAGGAGUGUGCAUAAGACUGACAUGACAGCAUCAUGAACAUGAAGGAGUCUUUCUGUCAAAUAUGUCAUUGUGAAUGUGAAAUGAAUUGUUUUAAAUGUCUCUGUUGUGACAACUUGACAUUAAACAAAACUUUGCAUUCAAAAUGACAUAACUGACCAAAUGACACUCAGUGAUGAGGUUGUAGGUCAUGGUUAUGUUGGUGUCAUGUCAGUCUUAUGCACACCUCUUCAAGUAAAGUGGUACCAAACCUUCAUAGUCAUUGAGGGCAGCACGGUGGUUCAGUGUUCAGCACUGUGGCCUCACAGAGAGCUCCUGACAUCUGUUCUCUCUGUGUGGAGUUUGCAUGCUCUCCCCGUGUCAGCGUGGGUUUUCUCCGGGUGAUCCGGUUUCCUCCCACUGUCCACAAAACAUGCAGAUUAAUUGGUGACUACAAAUUGACACUUAAUUCGAUCUAAUUUGGCAAAAUCUAAUCAAUCGAUCAAUAAACAAUUAGAGAUAAAAUUACA